GUCAAGUUUCGCUUUGAUUAAAAUUUUAUCAUUAUGUAUGUUUAUAUUUUACACUUUGUAUGUAUAAUGAUAACAGAAAAUUAAUUUAGUAAUCACAAUGGUCAUUGACGAUUACAAAGUUAUUGUACAAUGUCAUCCAGAAAUGAUACUCACUUCUGAAACUCCAGUUACAUGGCAAGGAUUUUUAGCGGUUUCAUGUCGAUCUAAUUCAGGACGAAAUAUCCGAGUAAAAUUGAAACUAAUUGUUCCGAAUUAUCCAUUGUUACAUGAUGCGAACAUUAAUUUUGGCAAAGAAAUUACACGUAUACGUAGUAUAGAGUUUAGUCAAAAGGUGAAAGAUUUAAUACAAAACGCAACAAAAGUAUCUUCAUUUCUUAGACAAUUACAAUCACUUAUAAGUAAUUUCAUCAAUAAUGCUCAUAUUGAAGAUGAUUCGCACGAAGUAGCAGACAAUAAAGCGGUGGAAUUAUUGCAAGAAUUAAAAGAUGCACUUGAAACUUCACCAGGAGUUAAAUUACUAUCUGAUAAUAAUUUAAAUACAAUCCAAUUAUUUAUGAACGGUGUAUCUUUAACAUUACAAAGAACAAAGUAUAGGGCAUGUCCCUGGAUAGUUAUUCAUUCAGAUUUGCCUGAAAUACCUGCCUUUGGACCCUUUGAAAAGAAUUUAUCAACCUUGAUUAUUGCAAGAAAUAAAUUCAAAUUACAAGUGGAGAUACUUGAAAAUGCUUGGUCAAAUUUGAGACAAAUUGAUGAAAAAUGUUGGGUAUUAGAUCCACUAAAACCAAAACCUUCUCAUCUUUAUCGACGAAUUUAUUUAACACCAUCCUUGUCAAUGUUCCUUCAAGUAAGUCCCUUGAAUCCCAUGGAUUUGCCAGAAAUUAAAUUUAUGGGUAGUGAAGUUGAAGUUGAAUUACAGAGGAGUCUUGUUUCUAAGAAAUUACAUUAUUGGAAUCCAAAAUACAAUAUCAUAGAUAAUUUAAUGAUGUUAUUAAACAUAGAUACAUUUCCCCGAAAAGAAGAAAAAGUAUAUAUCGAAGAUAAAAAUGCUAUUGUUGCAGAUGAAGAAUGUUGUAUUUGUUUUUCUAUGGAAUUAGACAAUAAAAUUAUACCUGAUAAAAUUUGCAGUAAUGCAAAAUGUAGAAGGCAUUUUCAUACAUCUUGUCUAUUAAAUUGGUUGCAAGCUGUUGCUGGUAAUCAUAUUAUGUUUGAUCAUAUUCAUGGUACUUGUCCAAACUGUCAGGAAAGUAUAUCGUGUUGCAUAAACCCAUGAAUUUAUUUACAUUAAAUU